AUGAGACAUGAUUAUUUAUUAGAGAAAGAUAUUAGAAUUCAUGAAAAAAUAGGAGAAGGAGCAUUUGGUUAAGUUUAUAAAGGAUUAUAUAGAAAUGAGGAAGUGGCAAUAAAAGUAAAUAGAUAUUUAUUAUUUAGCUAAUGCAAGGUGCAUAAAUAUAAGAAACAUCUAUAAUGGAAAGUUUGAAGCAUAAAAACAUUAUAACAUUUUAUUAGGUUAUUUUAUGUUGGUAUAGUUUUAGUAUUUUAAAUAUGGAAAUUGUCAAUAUUUAAUAAUGGAAUAUGCAUCUGGAGGAUCAUUAAAGGAAUUAAUGAAAUAAAGUUUAGAAGAAUCUAUAAUCAGUUAAAUAAUGUAAUCCAUAUUUAGAGGUUUAGAAUACCUUCAUUCUAAAUAGAUUAUUCAUCGUGAUAUUAAACCUGGUAUUUAAUACAUAACUUAAUUAGAUAAUAUCUUAAUUAAAAAUAUAGAAGACUUAUCUAGCAUUAAGAUUGCUGACUUUGGUUUAAGUUAUUAGUAUAAACCUGAAAUCCGUUAUUAUUAAACUGUUUCAUAAUAAUGUGGAACUUUUAUAUUUAUGGCACCUGAAUAAAUUUUAAAUAAAUCAUAUAAUAAAGCUGUUGAUAUGUGGUCAUGUGGAAUUGUAUUUUACAUGCUACUUAAUUAAGGAUAACAUCCUUUCUAUCCUAGAAUUUUUACUAAAAAAGAAUUUAUCAACAACUUUCCUGAUUUAAAAUAUGAACAACCUUUACAUGCAUCUCCUUUAGCAAGAGAUCUUUUAUAAAGAUUAUUAUAAUUUGAUCAAGAUUCUCGAUAUACUGCUUCAUAAGCUUUAGUUCAUCCUUGGAUUACUCGAAAAUUUCAUGAUCCUAUUCCUAUGAGUGUUAAAUAAUUCGGAAUAUGUUAAGAAUUAAAAAAAAAAGUAUUUAUUUUAUAAAAUAAUUAUAGAUUUUUUAAUAAUUAUAAUCUAUUUUGUUUAUAAUUUAAUUGAAGAAAUUGUCAAUUAAAGAAUCUCCUAUUUAAUCCAAAAAUCAACUCACAGAUUUUCAAAUUUCAAUUGCUGAAUUUGAUGAAGAUUAAUAUUAAUAAUAAAAUUUAGAUGCAUUUAGUCCCAGAAAUUAAUAAUUUCUAAAUAAAUUAUCAAUUAAUAAAUCAACUAAAAUAUAUAAAUCUUAUAGAACACUAAAUUGUUUAUCUGAAAAAGAAAAACAUUAUCGUUUAAAUGCUAUCCUUAAUUAAACUAAUGAAUCUAAUUAAGAAUUAAAAAUAUUUAAGUUUUAAUAAUAAUGCAGCAUUGAUAAUGAACAAAUAAUUAUUCCAUAUGAUACAGAAUCUCCUAAGAAAAAUCUAAAAAUAAUUCAACCAAAUAAAGUUUUUCUACCUACCUUAACAGAAUCUACUUAGACUUCUUUAAGUCCUGUUAAACUAAAUAAAUUUCCUAUUGUAAAAUAAAACUCAUUUAGAAAAACUGAAUCCUCCUUUUUCUUAGGAAUAAAUAUGGUUAAUAAUGAUUAUACUCAAGAAUCACGAACAUUAAGAAGUAAAGUAGACAUUCAUGAUAGAGGUUCAAUUCCAUCUAUUAAUACUUAAAGAUCAACUAACAGAAAUAAUACUAUUAAUUUAGUGACAUCUCCAAAUUAUAAAUUCACAUAAUAGAACAAUCUUCUUAUUCCAAAAAAAAUAAUAUGA